ACUGCCUACAAUGGGCCUAUUUAUUGCCCCGGAAAUGUACAACAAUCCUCCGACUGCGUUCAUUUUCUCUUUCGUUCACCGCUGUCAGCUCUUAGCUUCUUUCGGUUUCUUUUUCUUUUAUUUGUUUUCUUCCGGGGCCGGUCCACGUUGGUUAGAACUAACCUAAUAGUAUAUUCAUUUUCUUCUCAUUUUCAUUCUUUGUCCUUCCGUCGCAACCCUCCAGUUACUUCGUUGCUGCGCAUCUGUUUCGAUAGAUUUCUUUGCGUCUGGAACGCCUCCUGUACCUCCACAUCAUCACGAAACACUAGGAAUAACUAUGGCCACAUCAUUGAAAGCAGAGCUGGACAUAUGGGCAGCAGCCUUGAAGGCAUACGAUGAGCAGGAUUUCGAGAAGGCCCUAGAUUCAUUUUCGCGCAUUGCGGAUUCCUCUAAAAUCCUCACAAACAUGGGCUUAAUUUACGCCACCAUCGGUGAGCAUGAGGCUGCAGUCCAGCAGUUUAUGGCUGCUACAGCUCUUGAUCCGUUCCUUGCUAUUGCCUACUUUCAAUGCGGGGUGUCUAACUUUUUGCUGAGCCGAUACGAUGUUGCUCUGCAAAACUUUGACGAUGCGCUACUUUAUCUUCGUGGAAACCAAGCCAUUAACUAUGAACAAAUCGGCCUCAAAUUCAAACUGUUCUCACCUGAAGUGCUCUUCAAUAAAGGUCUCUCUCAUAUUUAUCUUGGCUACCCUGCUGAGGGGCUAGCUGAGAUGGAGAAUGGGCGCAAUCUGAAGGUGACCGAUGAGCACGACGUAAUCGACGAUGCCAUUAGAGAUCGCGGAGAGGGAUAUACGGUCUUUAGUAUUCCUGUUGGCGUGUUGUACCGCCCGUCAGAGAAUAAGCUCAAAAAUUCCAAAAGUAAAGACUAUCUUGGGAAGGCGGCAUCAGACGCCACGGAUGCAUUCACUGAAUUCACUGGCGUCAAGAAACUCAAGGAGGAGCGUGAGAAAGCAAAAGAAAGAGAUGAAGAAAGGGACGACGAUGGGUUGAAGAGAAGUGCAACUGUUCCCCCGCUACGUACUGAACCCAUCGUUCGGCCUAGCGUGGAGCGCUCUAAAACGACGAAUGCGGGUCCAAGGCCCACUACUCCCGCUUUCCCAUCUACUGCUGAUAUAGCACUUGCCCUGCCCCCCACAUCAGGUUUGUCGAGAAGCAACACUGUUGCACCUGUGCGCAUCAACAUUUCCACCUUUGCUUCAAGUCGCUCUCCAACCGACGGUACACUUGCCCUGUCACCCACGUCACCUUUGACGAGGAACAACUCUGCCCCACCUUCCCGAAGCAACACUCUCAUUCGUCCCACAACCCCUUCAGGUGUAGCUGCAUCGAGGGGACUAACUAUAAGGAAAAAGGAGCCUCUGCCUAGUCAGCUUGUCAAUCAACCCGGGGCCCUCUUCCAACCUCCAUUUGCACCACAGCAGCUGUAUCAGGACCAGCCGCCGCCGGCACGUAAUCAGUACCAACAACCUCAGCCGUACCAAACCCAGACCCUUCCUGACAAUGGAUAUCAGGUGCCGCCAUCUAGUCUUCAGCCUAGCCUUCCUGUACCAAAGGCCCCAUUUGUGCUCCGUGCCGCUCCUCCUUCCCAAGAGGUAUCGGUUCGACAACUAGAUUUCCUCGAUGACUACAUUGGAUCGCUACCCAAUAUGGGCUUGGAUCGUGUGGCAUUGUGGCCCCAGGGAAGCGCACAAUCAGGUCCAGGGUCUACGGACUCGAGCACUGGUUCGAUGAUACGGCGGAUGCCCAUGCGUCGGAAACCAACCAGACGAGGGACGCAGAGGCGGCCGAAGCCAACGUACGAGGAAGAGGAGGAAGGGUAUGUGAGUGAAGAGUAUGACGAUUCCUAUGAUUUGGCGAAUAUCCGUGUCAAGUUGCACUACCGAGGCGAAGUGCGUGGAAUGACGCUAACAUCCGAGGCGACAUUCGAAGAAUUCGUCGAGCGCGUGACAAGCAAGUUUAGCACUACUAUGGACGGUCUGGGUCUCAAAUUCAAGGAUGAAGAUGAUGUGAAAGUGACGCUGAGGGACGGCGGUGAUUUUGAACUUGCCAUCGAGACUGUACGAGCGAAUGCGAAGGGGAGGGGUGAGGGGAAGCUAGAGAUUUGGUGCACGGAUAUGUGAAACUGACUCUCGCUUGCAUAUUGUCUCUCUGUGGAUGGAUUUAUUUUAAAUUUUGAAGGACGUGUGUUGUAUGCUUAAUAUUUCGUCCUAUUACUGUUGUACCAAUGAUCUAUUACCUUGCGGAGCAAGGUCUAUCACGAUGGACAUUGGAGCGUGAUAUGUAAUGGCAAGCGAGAGUAAUCUUUUCCCAAUUGAAACCCGAUCAAAUUUACCGCCUUGAAACCAGUAGAAAUACAUCGACAUUCCAAGAUAUAAACACAAGAUGUCUG